AUGACCCCUUGUGUCUACCGUUGUGAUUACCUCACACUUUGCACAACAUCUUCAGUUUCGACUUACGAAUUAGCGCUUGUCGUCAUGAUGGGUGGUCACGUUAUGAACUGGCUUCGGAAUCAGUUAGAAGCUCGAUGUUUACAGUCGAACCUCGCAGCCACUCGAUGCGCUUGGGCUUUCCCAUGGAUGUCAGAAUCCUUUCCCCAGAUACUCGUCACUAUCUGGUGGACCACUUUCGUUCUCGCUCUGGCUGUACUUUUGAGUCUAGGGUUUGGGACAAGAGGUGUUAGACCAGGUUCCUUUGCUGCAAGCUACCAAGGGUGGAUGUACGGAGCUUUCACCCCUGCUAAUGGACCUUUUGCUCGCUUGACAAGCUUAGGCAUGCUCGGAUUCUUUGCAAUGGCUGCUACCAUCAUGUCGGGCAUCUGCGCAUCUUCCAUCACAAUUUUGAUAUGGCUGUUCCAGGGACUCGUACAAGACAUCUUCGGUGUGAUUUGGACGGUCUGA